UAGUUCUCGAGGACCUUGAGUAAUCGGAAUCACUUGUCCAUUACGUAGUCAUCGAUCAUCAAUAUAUAUAAAUAAAAAUCACUUUCCAAACUCAAAGAGGGAAAAAGAAACAUCAAUGAUGAGCUCUAUGGUUCUUUCAUCACCUUUGAGUGCUCCAUCACUUUACAAAUUAAGAACAAACUCCAAACACUCUUGUUCACCCUCUAAGGCUUUCUGUAUUUAUUUUUCAAACAAAAAUAUCUCUCUUGAAUCCAGCUCAAAAUCUUCAUUUAUCCAUGGUGAAUUCACUUUUCCUUCACCAAAUUUCUCAACAUUUGUGUCAAAAUCUCCAUCUUCUAGUAUUAUCACUGCCCAAACCUCUCCACUUGGAGAACACGUUAUAUAUGAUUUCCAAGCUAAGGAAAAGAGAAGAGGUCUCUCUUUGAGUUGUUUUAGCGAGAAAGUUGUUCUGAUUGUCAAUGUUCCUGAGCAAGGUUCCGUGCGGACAGAGUCGCAGUACGAAUUACUUCAUUAUCUAUAUGACAACUAUAAAUCCCAAGGAUUUGAGAUAGCUGCAUUUCUCUACAACAAGAGAGAAACAGACAAGGCAGCAUAUGGAUAUGUACAAAAACCACCACCAGGGGGGCAGCUCAAGAUUAGUGCUGCCAGGUUUCGAGUAUUCGACAAGGUAAAAUUGAAUGGUCGAAGGGCACAUCCGCUAUUUGUACAUCUAAGGUCAAAAUUUGGUCUAGGAAAAGCCAUCACUACUGAAUUCCACAAGUUUUUGGUAGAUAGAAAUGGAGUACCUUACAAAAGCUUCGGAUUGGACACCCCACGUUAUGUGAUUGAGGAAGAGAUUAAGCAUUUACUCUUGGAGAAUGCAGAUUGACAAAUAUAUUUACAUAAUAUAUUUACGUUAUACAUUCUCUAUUUUUUUUAGGUAUCUCGGAGAACACAUGUUAAAAAUAAGAAAAAUUAUAUUUAUGUCUAAAUUAGGCUAAUAAUAUCUUGUUGAAUUAUUUUUCCAGUGCUUGUUAAAUAUUUAUUAGCUAAUAAUAUCUUGUUGAAUUAUUUUUCCA